CGUAGGUUCUUUCCAGACCGAACAGGUGAGCACCACACACUCCUCGAGUCUCAGUUCUUGUGUCCCCUGAGCGAUCUGAGCUGCCUGGCCCGGCAGGAUCGUCAUGUUCCCCUGGGGCCUGAGCUGCCUGACAGUGCUGGGGGCGGCGGGCACUGCUAUCCUGUGCGCAGCCCUGCUGCUCAGCCUGGCCCAGCACCUUUGGACCCUCCGCUGGACGCUGAGCCGGGACCGGGCUUCCGCCCUGCCCCUGCCCAAGGGCUCCAUGGGCUGGCCCUUCUUCGGUGAAACGCUUCACUGGCUAGUUCAGGGCUCGAGAUUUCACAGUUCCCGCCGGGAGCGCUAUGGGACUGUAUUCAAGACGCACCUGCUGGGCAGGCCGGUGAUCCGCGUGAGCGGUGCGGAGAACGUGCGCACCAUCCUGCUGGGCGAGCACCGCCUAGUGCGCAGCCAGUGGCCGCAGAGCGCGCACAUCCUGCUGGGCUCGCACACACUGCUGGGCUCGGUUGGCGAGCCACACCGCCUUCGGCGCAAGGUGCUGGCGCGCGCGUUCAGCCGCUCGGCGCUGGAGCGCUAUGUGCCGCGCCUGCAGGGGGCGCUGCGGCGUGAGGUGAGAUCCUGGUGUGCUGCUGGGGGGCCUGUCGCAGUCUACGACGCCACCAAGGCUCUCACUUUCCGCAUGGCCGCGCGCAUCCUGCUGGGGCUGCGGCUGGACGAUGCACAGUGCGCCACUCUGGGCCGGACCUUCGAGCAGCUCGUGGAGAACCUUUUCUCUCUGCCCCUGGACGUGCCCUUCAGCGGCCUGCGCAAGGGCAUCCGGGCAAGGGACCAGCUGCAUCAGCACCUGGAGGAGGCCAUUGCUGAGAAGCUUCAUGAGGACAAGGCUUUGGAGCCAAGGGAUGCCCUCGACUUGAUCAUUCACAGCACUAGGGAGCUGGGCCAUGAACUCUCAGUUCAGGAGCUGAAGGAGUCGGCCGUGGAGCUCCUCUUCGCUGCCUUCUUCACCACGGCCAGUGCCAGCACCUCCCUCCUCCUGCUGCUACUGCAGCAUCCGGCAGCCGUGGCCAAGAUUCGGCAAGAGCUGGUGGUGCACGGGCUGGAGCGCGCGUGCGGGUGUUCCCCUGGGGCCGCUGUGGCGGUCGGGACCGUGGCAGGGCCCUGGCCGGACUGCGGCUGCGAGCCGGACCUCAGUCUCACCGUGCUGGGCCGUCUGCGCUACGUGGACUGUGUGGUCAAAGAGGUGCUGCGCCUCCUGCCGCCGGUGUCGGGAGGCUACCGCACAGCUCUGCGCACCUUCGAGCUCGACGGCUGCCAGAUCCCCAAAGGCUGGAGCGUGAUGUAUAGCAUCCGGGACACGCACGAGACCGCCGCGGUGUACCGCAGCCCUCCCGAGGGCUUCGACCCAGAGCGCUUCUGCUCGGGGCGCGAAGAUGCGCAGGGCGCCUCCAGUCGCUUCCAUUACAUCCCUUUCGGUGGCGGUGCACGCAGCUGCCUCGGCCAGGAGCUGGCACAGGCUGUGCUCCAGCUGCUAGCUGUGGAGCUGGUGCGCACCGCACGCUGGGAGCUGGCAACACCCGCCUUCCCUGCCAUGCAGACCGUGCCUAUCGUGCACCCAGUGGACGGGCUGCGGCUCUUUUUCUAUAGGCUCACGCCUUCAACUGUGAGAGAUGGGCUAUGCUUCUGA